AUGUCAAAACAGUCUAAAAACGGUGCAGUUGCUGUUCCAGAAGGCAAAAAGCUCAAGGGCUCUGAUUCGUUUCAUAUAGUUGAGAAGACUCUUUCAACAACGUCUUCAAACUCGGUACUUACCAGUACUCCAUUGGACGAAAUUGAGCCCAAUGUGGCCCGGUUACACAAACAGUUCCACUCCGAAACCAACAAACUUGCCCUGGUUCAAUUCCGGUUGAACCAAUUGCGUAAUCUUUACUUUGCUGUCAAGGAUAAUGUAGACGCAAUUUGUGAUGCCUUGAGGAAGGACUUUGGUCGGGCAGCUUCUGAAAGUAAAAACUUGGAAAUCGCUCCUGGUUUGAGCGAAUUGCUUCAUACGAUGUCGCUGUUGCACAAGUGGAUCAAGCCAGAGAAAGUCACCGAUGUGCCACUUUCCAUGAAAUCAACCCCAAUCUACGUUGAGCGUAUCCCAUUGGGAGUGAUAUUGAUCAUUACUCCAUUCAACUAUCCAUUUUUCUUGUCCCUCGCGCCAAUUGCCGGUGCCAUUGCUGCUGGUAACGCCGUGGUGUUUAAGCCUUCGGAAUUGACGCCUAAUUAUUCGGCAUUGAUCUCCAAAUUGUUCUCCGAAGCGUUGGAUAAAGAUAUCUUUUACGUUGUAAAUGGUGGAAUUCCUGAAACCACAAAGGUGUUGGAACAGAAGUACGACAAGAUCAUGUACACCGGUAACAACAUGGUGGGAACCAUCGUUGCCAAGAAGGCAGCUGAAACUUUGACUCCUGUCAUCCUUGAAUUGGGUGGUAAGUCCCCUGCAAUUGUGCUCCCUGAUAUCACUGAUAAGCACUUGAACACUAUCGCAAGAAGAAUCGUAUGGGGUCGUUUCACAAACGCCGGUCAAACAUGUGUGGCUGUAGACUAUGUUUUGGUUCAUGAAUCUCUCAAGGCCAAAUUGGUCGCUGAAAUGAAGAAAGUUGUACAGGAGCAACUUUACCCCAAUGUCAAUAAGAAUGAUCCAUCCUACACCCAUAUUAUCCAUCAAAGAGCUUAUAACAACUUGAAGGAGGUCAUCAAGUCCACCAAAGGUGAAGUUGUCGUUGGUGGAGACACCGAUGAUGCUUCGCGCUACAUUGCUCCAACCAUAAUCGAUAAUGUGUCUUGGACUGAUAGUUCGAUGAAAAACGAGCUUUUUGGACCUAUCUUGCCUGUCCUUUCCUACAAGUCUUUGGGUGAUGCCAUAGAAGGUAUUAUUGGCAACCAUGACACACCAUUGGCCCAGUACAUCUUCACCAGCAGCAGUACUUCCAGAACGGCCAACAAAAGCGUUGACCAAAUUUUGAGAAGAGUCAGAUCGGGUGCCACUGUGGUUAAUGAUGUGCUUCUUCACGUUGCGCUUGUCAAUGCACCAUUUGGAGGUGUUGGUAACUCGGGUCACCUGAACUACCAUGGAUGGUACUCAUUCCGUGCUUUUACCCACGAGAGAACCAUCAUGGAACAAAAGUUGUGGAACGAGGGUGUGUUGUCUGUAAGAUAUCCACCAUUCAAUGAUAAGAAGGACAAGGCGGUGUCGUUGUCCAUGGAUAAGUAUAAUGGAAAUGUGUGGUUUGGCAGAAAGGGAGACGUCAGAAUUGGUGGACCUUCUACGUUCUUUGGAUUCUGGGCCGGAAUAGCUGGCGUUGCAGCAUUGGGAGCCGCUGUUGUUUCCGCCCUUUAG